GCAGAGAAUUCUGGGUAAUGCUGUAUUCCUGUGGUGUUGUUGUGUAGUCUUCAUAUUAGCAAACGGUCGAUGUACUGUCUUGUGACUUGUAGCUCACCUUCAAUCACCCAAAAUGAUGAACGGAAAGACUGUCAUCGUGACCGGUGCUAACAGCGGGAUAGGGAAGGCCACAGCAGCCGGCAUCGUGAAGUUCCAGGGCCGGGUGAUAAUGGCGUGCCGGGACCGGAGCAGGGCUGAGGAGGCAGCCCGGGAGAUCCUCCAGGAGACCGGGGCAGACAGUGCACAGUUAGUCAUCAAACAGCUGGAUCUCGCCUCGCUCAGAUCUGUGCACACUUUCUGUGAAGAGAUAAUAAAGGUUAAUGAACUGCCUAUCGUUACAAAGUUAAUUUUACGUUUCAGACAGAACGAUAAACCGAGAUCCAUUGAAAAAUCUGUAGAUUUAAAAUAUAUGACAGUAUCUUGAAAUGUAUCCAAUCAACUCAAUUCAUUGACAAAAUUCUAGUCUGGUCUGAAAUCCUGUUCAGUUCGGCAUACAUUUAUUUUUACUGAUGGAACAAAUAAGGGUUAAAUCCCAACUUCUUGGUCGUCAAUCAGACCGUCUUCUUCUAGCAACUGUGACACAAAUCUACCACCAUGGAGUUUUGAAGUUAAACUGGUGCAACUUAGUGGAUUUUGUUAUUAUAUUUAUGCCGAAAUGAGCGGCAUUUUACGUCGAUUUAAAAAAAAUACAUUUACACCAGUUGUUAUUAUUUUAUUAUUAUGUCUUCCUUUAAAUCGUAAAUCCGGACAGUUUUUUAAUGGAGCUCUAAAAAAUAUUUGUCACGGCAUAGGCCUACCGUGAACUGGCGUUUGUACCACUAUUGAAACAAAAACUACUGCAAAGGCUGUUCCAUUAGACCUGAAAUCACUAUUAUAUACGUCAUACUCUAUAGCAAAUAUACUGUAUUUGAUAUAUAGAAGCCGUAAGACAUGGGGCUCUAUUUUCGUGCCUCACCAGAGGCGAAGCACGGCGCCGUGUAAUCUUGUAUUUUGGUGAGCGGUGCAGCCCGGCGUAAGUAUCCCCCCUCUGUAACUCAGCUCCUCCCAGCGGCGUAAGUCGUAGGGAUGGAGGAGAGAGGGCAUGGAGUGGGUUUAACACAGCCGAGACCUGUAUUGACCAAUAACAUCAGCUCCUUUCCUCGCCUUUAAAUCCGCCACCGGCGAGGCGUAUUACUAUUUUCGUGAAGUAGUCAACGAGAUCAAGAGAUGUCUGAAAACAGUAAUGCCACACGAUGGCGACAGAAGGCAGCCCCUCAACAAGAGUCGCUGUAAGCACUGCAGAGGGCGUCUUGCACACUGUCUCAUAUGAGCACAGAUGGAUUUGGUGUGUAAUGUUGGACCCACUGGUAAGACAAACACCCUUUUCCACAAAUAAAGACACUCACAUAGAGUUGCAUUUACAUUUUUUAUUGAAACCCCACAUGACAAAGGUGGGUUGUGCGCACAGAUCACAACAUAAAUUCCAAUAAUGGCAUGAAAAUCGGAACCAUCUGUGCGUAAAGGACGCAUCACACUCCGUGGCCUGGCUCUUCCUUUCAUAGAUGUUGGCAUAUAAAUAAGUUUGGCUCACAAAACUAAAUAUUAUAAUAUUCGUAUGUGGGUCUAACUCCGGAUUGAAUAUUUACAGAAUCUUAAUUUGAGGAAAUCAGAUAAACAGGAAAUUUUGAGUGAAAGGUUCUUUUAUUUUAUUUUAUUUUUUUGUUCAAAUUUUCAAAGUAAAUAACUCAUCUGAUCACUAAAAUAAAUCAUCUGGUCAGCCGUGCCACCGCUGCAGCAGCAGGACGGAGAAAGGACACAGAGACAUGUCAGGUGUUGUGCCAUAGAAUGCACCCCUGCCAUAGAAUGCACCCCCUGACGGGAGCGCAGUUGAAAGUACACAACAAGGCGUAAUAAUCCAAAUUUUCCUUACCAUUGGACUGAUUCUAAAGCGUGUGCCUGUAAUGAUUUCAUUCAGGCUAUUCAGAUAAGCCGAAAACAAUAGCCCUCUGAUUACGAAUAUUUGCUGCCCUGAAAAUAUAAUGUUCUCUCCCUUAACAGCUUACUGUACAGUUUAUAUACCCAAGUACACCUCUGUAUGUGGAUUUUUUAAAUACCUAAAUACAGAACAAAAGUUUGCUGCUCCAUUUGACAUGUUGUCAUGAUCAAUACUCAUGUUUUUUUUUUUCAAUAUGAGAUAAUUUUUUUCCACUUUAAGAAGCUAAUGAGUGGAGGGGGUGCAUUCUAUGGGGGGGUGCAUUUUACGGCAUAACACCCAUCGAGCUGCGCAAGGAAGGAGGAUGAGCGGGGAGAUGAAUUAAAUAUCUUGUUAACUUCAUCAUGUGUGACUGUUUACUGGAUAUUUAAUUUAAUGCGGUUUCAGCUGUGUAAAUUCUGUCAGGUGGAGUGUCCAAAUGUGUGCCAAAUGCGCUCAUCAGAUAAAAUAUUGAUCAGAAUAUAUGAUAUAGAUCUCAAUGUAUGUGCUGACUCAGAAUAUUGGUUGUUGAUCAUUAUUUAUUGCACUGAAACUGUGGAAACCUGCCUGUGAGGCAUCGGUGACGUAUGCGUAAUACGCCACUGGUCUACCAAAAUACCACUAGACCAGCUGCGCUCUGCCUGCGCUGAAAGCUGACCAGGUUUGAAUCAGCGAGCUGUCAGCGCCCUUUUCACGCCACCGGCUGCACGCAAAUGUCUCUGCGCCAGCUGAUUCUGUCGACACCUCCCCCUGCCGCGCAUCUACGCCCAGCUUGGCAGACCUCGACGCGCCUCAGUCCAUGAAAAUACCAAACUGGCUGUGCGCCGGGCUCCGCCAGACGAAAAUACCACUGCAUGGGGUCCGCCAAUGUCCGCCACCUCACCAGCGGACACAAAAAUAAAGCCCAUGGUUAGAAUUUACUUCAGUUGCAUUGUGGCUUGACUAAUAUCCUACAGGAUUUGGGUUUGGACAUCAUAUUUGAACAGAAAUAGACAUUUAACUUUUUUUUUCUUGUAAAGUUUGGUUCUGUACAAGUUUGAAGAUCUGCUCUUUGUGCUGCUGAACAGGAGGAGCCCCAGGUGGAUGUUCUUAUCAACAACGCCGGCAUUUACCAGUGUCCUUACACCAAAACAGAGGAUGGCUUUGAGAUGCAGUUUGGUGUCAACCACCUGGGCCAUUUCCUGCUUACGCACCUGCUGCUGGACCUCCUGAAAUGCUCAGCACCUAGCAGGAUCGUAGUGGUCUCCUCUAAACUCUACAAACACGGGCACAUCAACUUUGAGGAUCUUAACAGUGAACAGAGCUACGACAAAGCCUUUGCCUACAGCCGCAGCAAACUGGCCAACCUGCUAUUCACGUGUGAGUUAGCUCGCCGUCUGGAAGGCAGUGGAGUCACAGUGAACGCUCUGACUCCGGGUAUUGUGAGGACUAAUCUGGGGAGGCACGUUCAGGUCCCGGUUUUAGCUAAGCCCCUGUUUAACCUGCUCUCCUGGGGCCUGUUUAAGAGCCCUGAGGAGGGAGCUCAGACUUCAGUGUAUUUGUCCUGCAGCCCAGAUGUAGACGGUGUGCAGGGCAAGUGCUACGCAGACUGUAAACCUCAGGUUCUGCUGGACAAGGCCACAGACCAGGAAGUGGCCAGCAAGCUGUGGGACAUCAGUGAGAUCAUGGUGGGAAUAACCACAUGACAGCUCAGGUUCAUUUAAGCUCCCAGAGCAGGUGAUGUGAAAAGACUGAAAUCCAAAAUGAAAAUGAAUGUUUUGUGCUUUGAUCUGAACGCCAUACAGUGUUAGUAAAAGCUGCACUAAAGCCAGAAAAAUGUUAUUUUAUGUUAUUCUCUCAUGAUGCCUAAAAAUUGCUGAAAAAUACAGUAGCGUUAAAAUCAAAAGCAUGUCUUUUUUUUUUUUUUUAUAAGUUAAUCUACUAGGAAAUAGACAAGGUCAGUUUGCCCUUCCAAAGUGUCUGAAAAUUUAGAGUUUUGCACUUUUAUGCUCUGAUUACAGAAUCCUUCAAUCCAACUCCAGUAUUGUCAGAGGUGUAUGAGCGUGUUUGAUCCUCUAUCACGCAUUCCAUCGUUUAGAUUUACAGAGAAGCUUAUCCAAAGACUGAUGUCCUCUAUCAAAUAAGACUCCCUCGAGUUUGCAGAGCCUCUUCAUGCCACACCGUAGUCAGGUGAAUUUGUGGGUCAGAGGUCCUGAAAUUCUCUGAAAAAUUUCCAGUGUAUGCCUGAAAAGGACCUAAUAGCAUCCUGCAGAUUUUCCAGUUAUAUUGUCAGUAAGAUUGUCCUGAGGUCCUAAGAUUUAAAAAAAAAAAUGUCCAAUCCAAACUUCAUCUCAAAAGCAAAAAUCCGAAGCCUCAUUUGUUUGUCAUACAGACAGACCCGACAUCAUAAAUUUUAACUCAGUAAAACUCCACAUUAUGGCGUUGUUAUUUCAGGAUCCUAUGAAUCUGUUUCUGGGUUCGUGGACCUGAUGGAAGAUAGAUUCUGGCAGGUGUGUGACUUUCUAGAUACAAAGAAACAGGGACUCAGUGGAGACAGAUCCACAGGCAGGACUGGACUGGAAUGAUCAUUCAGACCAGGAAAUGCUCUGUCUCCAAAACACAGAUCUAGAGGGACAGCAACAAAAUAAGACAUCUCUGGCUCUACACCAAAAAUAUUGUCAUCUCUGUCUGCAAACUUGAUGUUUUUGGGUCACAUGACUGAACAUUAUGCAGGAAUUUCAAAUGAAAUCCUCUGAUUUUGUUUGAAACACUGACUUACCUGGUGGUGCCGUGCAGAAAAAUAUUGGAUUUGAACAUUUGGCAGCAUCUCCCACAGGCCCCUCAAAGUCUUAAGUCAAUAAAUGUAAGGAAAGCAUUUCAUUAAGUCCUGACAAAAUACAAGAAAAAAAAUUGAAAACAUUAUUUCUAAAAACAGAAAUAUUUUCUUAAGUUUUGAAAACAAAAAGCAUUUAAUAAUCGACAGUAUUUUGGAAGUGCAAAUCAAUUUUGAAAACACAAAAUAUUUCUAAAAAAUUUAUUUAGUCCAAUUGUUUACUUUUUUAUGUGUGCACGUUAAAAUGUACUGGUGUUUCAAAAAUAUUUUUAUGUUUUCAAAAUAUAAAUAUGUCUCCAUUUUUGAUUUUUAAAACUAAUUGUGUUAUUGAAGAUAAUUUUGUGUUAAAAAAAUGACUUUUGGUUUUCAAAACACUUUGAAGAGUUUUAAGAGUUAAUGUGUGUUUUUCCAAAUCAGUCUUUAUCUAAAAAAUGUUUUGUCCUAAUUUUCUGCUGAGAUAUUUUUGAGUUUCAUUAUUUUUUAAUUUAUUUAUCACUUUCCUUAUACAUUCGUGGUGGGUCUGUUAUCUAAUUGUACUUUAAACCUUCAUAAUUAGGUGUUCGUAAUAGAAUAAUACUCUGUGACUUGCUUCAUUUACAUUCUGCCUCAUUUACAAACAGGCUCCAGGAGAAAUCCAGUUUCUUCAGGGGUUAGUUAGGCUUCAGUCAGCCAUGCUGGUUACUCUGAGAGUGUCCAUUAGAGGGGAAUGUUUUCUCUUCAGGUCACCUACAGAUACAGAGCUUCACCUUACAUGAAAUGUUUGUGAGACCCCCAGGAUACAUAAUGAUUUUCCCACCGGUAUUCUUCAUUAGGACAUUUUCUGGAUCAUUUAUCCAGAGCUGGAAAACACAGGCAGCUGCUUUAUCAAAUCCAUCUCACACAAAAUGUUCCCGGGCCUUUUUAAUGGCAGCUCCAUUCUAUUUGUCUUACAAAUAACUCCAAUUAGUGCAAUUACUGAGUUUAAUGUCCUUAAUCGGCGCAGGAAUAUUGAGGUUCUGCAGUAUGCUAAUACAGAUGUCAGGGCCUCACUCAGGCUGCUUAUGCCUGGAGGUCCAACACAUAAUGGUUCCAUUAAAAAUGCAUUAAAUCUGUCUUUUUCUCAGCUUCUGUUGGACUCACUGCGCUCAGGUCUCCACUGCAAUCAGCCCACAGAAAUGUGCUGUACCUGUGCUCCUGCAGCUGUGGUUUUUACACAUGAUAACAACCAGAGGAUGCUCUAUUUUGGAGGCAUAUUUUGUUAUUUUUAUUUUGAAAAAGGAAAAACAAUAUUAUUCAUACAUGGAUGCACAAGUCAAAAAAUAAUGCAAAGUUAGCCAGUGGCUAUGCAAAAUAGAGUCCUGACUGACAUGAUCUGAAGUCAGGGUUGUGUCUCUGAGUUUCUGUUGGUCAUGAUACUAAAACGUUCACCCCUGCACCUCGAUGAUUGGUGAACAAUGAGGAAGAGAGGUCAAAACCAUUGGUUGCUCCAGGCUGUAAACAUGCUGUAAAAAUCUGCUCUUCAUUGUGGGACCUAAUGUGGUUUCUUUAUCUUUUGGAGACAGCCUUAAGUGGACACUCAAGGAACUGCAGCCGUGUUUGCACCUCCUACCUGGCUUUAACUUUAAAACUUAAACUUUAUAUUGGCCAAAACCGUUGAUCUUUCUGUUUAACUAUUUAGGGCAAGAAUGACUCAGAUAUAUACAGUCACAGGCCCAGUCCUCCAGACUGCUGCACAGCCUCAGCUCCACUGUGGCACGAGCAGACCUGACCUUACAUCACAGCUGAUGUUAGACAUGAUGGUGCAAUGCGGCCACAACAACAGUGUACAACAACAAAAUUAGAUGAGGUGAUGAAAAUGUUGUAAGAAUGUGUGAGAAGAAUGUAGUUUUACGUAUCAAGAUGUCAGCGUUUAAUUGUUCCAAGCUGUAACCUCCACAUAACCUUCAGAAUCAGCUACAGUGCUGCAGAAACACAGACCUCUCCAGAGCAGAUAACAGUAAAAGACAGACUUAAGACCUCAACUGUGGCCACAGCUCACAAACCAAUGACCACAUUUGACAAACCAGUGACCACAGCUGAGGAAAACCUGCCCACAGUUUACAGACUCCUACCCAAAUCCUUAGUUGAUCAAACCAUGAUAGCAGUUAACAAACCCACUAGUUUACAAAAUGAUGUACAUAGUUUAGGAAUUAUACCCACACUGUAAAAACUCAUGCCCACAGUUUGCUAACCAUUUCCAGUUUAAAAACCUGUGCUGAAAGAAAGCACAGCCUGCCUGUUUUUGAAACCUAAACACAGUUUAUAAAAUUUGGGGUGAAGUUUGAAAACUCAUAUCCACAGUUUUACAAAAUCCUGCCCACAGUGAACAAACUUGCACUUAGAGUUACAGAUUUUUCUCACUGUAUAAGUGCAAAAGCUGGAACCAUGCACACAAUUAUGAAAACUUUAUCUCAGCCGAUAAAUUAAGUCUACACCAUGCUCACAUCCACCAAAACUGUGCCAACAACCACAAAGACCAUGUGACCAGUUCACAAAGCCAUGCCUACAUCCAGCAAAACCACCCACAGGUUAAAAAUUCAUGCUCAGUUAAAAGAUAUACGCCCAAAGU